CACCCCACAGCCAUGGGGCGUCUGGGUCUUGCGUUUCCUCGGUCGCAGCACGCGAGCCAGUGUGAUCCGCGUUCCUUGCAGCUUGGGGUCUAAGCAGGUGUUCUGGUGCUGAAGGUGAUCGGGCUCAGAAUGAGAAAAUGAGAGACCUAUGCAAACAGGAUGAUUGGACACUUAGCGACGGCGUUUGUGCUCAUCAGAGUGAAAAAGGGGUUACAAGUAGAAAUUGUUUAAGAAGCCCUGAACUAGCAGAGCAAGAUGGUGAACACUUACUUGGUCCCGACACUCUGGAAUCAGCUGUGUAAGUGACGUCAGCGCAUGGACUGUAAGUCGGAAGAGAGCGCCCAGAGAGCAGACUCACAGGCCUUUCAGGAACCGGAAGGCCCCCCAGAGGCCGGAGGUGAAGAUGGGCUCUCUGAAAGCUUCCAGCUUCUGCAGAUGGAUGUGGAGUAUGAGUACCCAGAGGAGACCAGCCCAGCAAACAGUGCCACAUGGAACUCAGUAGGUGCCGCGUGGAGCUCGAAAAAUGUGCAAAGAAAACAGAGACACUGGGAAAGGAUAGUCUCCUCAAAGAAGAGCAAAAGGAAGCAGGAAAGAGAACGAAGGAAAGCCAAGCGGGCAGAAGACCCUGGUAAGGGCACCUGCCCACAGCACAGCAAACGUUUUUUGAAAGCCUUAACCAAAGAGAAACUUUUGGAAGCCAAACACUCAGGACCAAGACUAUGUAUUGACUUGAGCAUGACCCAGCACAUGUCAAAGAAGGAAUUGAGUAGGUUGGCGGGACAGAUUCGAAGGUUAUAUGGUUCAAACAGAAAAGCCAGCAGGCCCUUUUGGAUCUGCCUUACUGGAUUCUCAACUGCCAGCCCCCUCUAUGAGGAAUGUCUGAGGAUGAAUGAUGGAUUUUCUGCUUACUUGCUGGAUGUGACAGAAGAAGACUGCUUUAGCGUUUUUCCUCUGGAAACCCUUGUGUACCUGACUCCUGACUCGGAACACCCCCUUGAAGACAUUGAUCAGAGCACAGUUUAUGUUAUUGGUGGACUUGUAGAUGAGAGCAUUCAGAAGAAGGUGACAUUUCAAAAAGCCCGAGACUACUCUGUCAAGACAGCCCGCUUGCCAAUCCAGGAAUACAUGAUCAGGCGCCAGAAUGAGAAAAACUACCAUUCAGAAAUACUGGCCAUCAACCAAGUGUUCGAUAUCCUGUCUACUUACUUUGAAACUCGUAACUGGCCUGAAGCACUGAAGAAAGGAGUUUCUCCAGGAAAAGGCUACAUUCUUCAGAAUUCAGCGGAAUGAUGAGCAGCCUAAGAUUCCCGCUGCAGGGAGUAAGGUGCCAGAGGUGUCUUGACCAAAGGACCAGGCAAAGUGUGGCAAUGGCACACACUUGCCUCUACAUGCUAGCUCGGAUCUUUGAAAGCCAUUAGUGGUAAGGUCCACAUUUUAUGCUAUGUCACCCACAAUGCCUGGCUCACUGAAAAUGCCCUGAUAAAACAUAUUAUGGUUAAAGAAAACGUUUGUGUUAAGGAAUUGCCAAAAUACAUGUCAUUCCGGGUGUUAAUUCAUGCUUUGUACAUUCAUGUUUGUGAAAGGUCUACUUUUAAAGAUGUUUAAAUGAUUGUCUUAACUUUUCAUUUAACUUACAUAAAAUUAUUUUUGUCACCUGAAAUGUGCUGAUUUUCACCAGCUCAAGACAUAUGCUGCAAUAAACUUUGCUGUGCUAGCCCCGCCUGGC